AUGCCUCGUCCGAAGGUUACCGAGGCUCGUCGACAGCGAGUAGCCAAAGCGUGUAUACCAUGUCAAGAGGGCAAGUAUAAGUGUGACGCGACAAUGCCUUGUGCGCAGUGUGCCAAACGAGGUCGUUCCGAGUCUUGCGAGUACUCUUCACUUGAACGUUCUUACGGACGCCACCGCCGUCGAAUUCCAAAGCCUCUUAGUAGUCAACAAAGUCCUACCUUGUUAUCUCAUGAAUCAACACUCUCUGCACCGCCUAGCAAUCAUUCGGGGCAGUCGCCGAACCUCAACAGCAAUGUCAGUAAGGCAACAGUGUUGGAAGUAAAUGCUCCGGCUGUUCCGCAAACCCUCUACGAUACGAGAGGACGAGUAGUAUAUCUCGGUGAAUCUGCUGCUCCCGCCUUUGUACGCCAGCUUCAGAACCUGCUCGAGAUAGAGAUAGGAGCAUCUGCGGAUGCUGGAGAUCCUUCCAAAGUUACAGCCAUUGAGGAAUUUCCACCUGAGGAAACUGAAGUCUUGACCACUGAAGACAUAUCAAAUUUUGACGAUCUCCAAGAGCUUGUAGAUGUCUAUUUCACUGCAUCAUGUGGAAUACUCGACAUCAUCGAUCGACAUCAGGUAGAUAAACUGCUCAGUAGUUGGCGAGAUGGCACACUGUCAGAUCCUGGACAAACGGCAGUCUUACUCCUCAUAAUAGCAUAUGCAGCGCAGUCACGAAGUGGAUCGCCAUUAGAUCUGAAACUCACACAGUAUUAUUAUCACCAUGGAAGGCAAAUAGCGCUACUCAAGCUCACAGAAGAGCCAAGCAUCGAGACAGUACAGACGUUCGUCUUGAUCUCUCUCUAUAUGCUAGCUUGCUCGCAAAGAAAUGGGUCUUUCCUAAAUCUAGGAAUUGCUGUCAGUGCAGCCAAAUCGUUGGGGAUACAUAGGGACGAUAUCAACUCAACUUUCCCAGAGGAUAGCCAACUCAGAACACGAAUAUGGCGGUCUCUGCGCUACCAGGAUCUGUUCUUCUGUGGCAUGAUGGGUAGAACGCCGUUGACCAUGACGAUGGACUCGACCUGCGGAAAGCCUUUGGAUGCAAGCAUAGAUCCAAAUAAUGAUAGAAAUCAGCAACUAGCACUCAUGGAGGCAGCGAAAGCGUUUUCUAUCUUGGAGCGAAUCAUUGAUGAAAUCUACACCAAGGGGUCCCCUUCGUUGCAGCAUUUAGAAGUCAUUGGCCAGGAGUUACAAACAUCAACUUCGAAUAUCCCCCCAGAACUUCGUACUGUGGAGAAUCCAGAGAGGCCCACCCAGAGGGAGGUCAUACGCAACACAUACGUAGCGUGCAGCUACUAUUUCAGCAUGAUGCUAUUGACUCGUCCGUUUCUCCUAGCCGUGAUACGGCGACAAUAUGAGGAGGCGUCAGAUAUGGUGGUUGACAGGUCACAGCUGGACAAGAACAAGACACAGGAUGGCACAGAUAUUGAUCAAGGUGCCCUGACUUCAAUUGAAUCCGCACUACACACUAUCCAGCUCGUUCACGAGCUGUUAACAGCGAACAUGUUACUCGGCAACAUGGUCUUGGUAAUCGCUUGGGUAUUUGUCGCGUCAGUUACCCUUUGUUCAGCACAUGCAGGCCGCCUUGGUCGCAUGAGUGAUAACGAGCAAGCAAUCCAACAAGCUGAGGCAAUCUUGAAAUAUUUUGCAAAGCAUACCAGACAGGGCAGGAGAUACGGCAGGAUCUUACAGAAGCUGUAUAGUUCUGCAAGGGACUAUGUCAAAGCCAUCGAGAAUAAGGAGCGGCAUGCUCGUAGCAUAUCUAUGCCGGAGUUGUUCAGUCUCAGCCAUGUCCCCCGCGGUCAACCAACGCCACCUGCUCAUGUACCACAUGACUCACAUGUAAAGGAAGAUGUAGAGCAUCAGACUGAUGUUGCCGUCAUUGCUCCGCCUGGCGAUCCAUUGUAUGGGAACGAGUACAACCUGAAAAGCGCACAUCAAGAAUCGGCGGAUACUUCGUGCUGGAUGCCACCAACUACCGACAACCAGUGGCUCACGGACUCAGCGUCGAUUGUGAAUAUUAUAGACCUGUUUACGGACUCGAGUUAUGGAUCAACUGGAGAAAGCAUGGUUGGCACCGCUGGCCCGAGAGCAAAUGACCAGCCAGGGGAUUACUUCAAUACACCAUGGUAA